UCUUACCAAACCCUCCACAAUUGACUCUCACCAACCACCAAACAACUCACUCCCUUCCUCUUCUUCCUUCUCUCCACUUGUCUCCUGGUGUAUGUAAGUUCCAUUCAGGAAUCAAAGCCACUCAAUGCUUUUGUGAUUGAGUAACAAAGCACAGAAUCCUUCAUUUUCCUUCUAAAACCAAACGAAAGGGUAAGAAAACACACAAUGGGCGGCAACGGCAAGGUAUUCACUUUGGCAGAGGUCUCCGCGCACAACAGCCCUAAGGAUUGCUGGCUCGUCGUUGAGGGCAGGGUGUAUGACGUGACGAAAUUCUUGGAAGACCAUCCCGGUGGUGAUGAUGUUUUGCUGUCAGCCACAGGAAAGGACGCAACUGAUGAUUUUGAGGAUGUUGGUCACAGUAGCACUGCAAGAGCACUGAUGGAUGAGUUUUACGUAGGUGAUAUUGAUACAGCAACCAUCCCUACCAGCGUCAAGUACACUCCUCCUAAACAACCUCACUACAACCAAGACAAGACACCAGAAUUCAUCAUCAAGCUCCUGCAGUUCCUUGUCCCCCUGAUAAUCUUGGCUGUGGCUGUUGGAGUCCGCUUCUAUACCAAAUCACCUUCAGCAUAGCCACAAUUAAGAACUGGAAAUGUGACCCAAAUAAGUUUGUCUUAGUUGUCUUUGUACCCUUGUUGGAGUUGGGACUGUUAUAGACGAGAUCUUUGAUAUCCAAGCAUUGAGAGAUCAAUGUUUGUUUUCUCCUUGCCAGUGUCUUCUUAUAAAAUUUUAUUAUUCAUGUUUUCAUCC